AUGGAAGCAGCAGGUCUUGCUAGUGAUGAGAUUGUUGAGCCGCAUUCAGUUUACACUCGGAGACAGUCUGCAUCAGAUAAAAGGAAGAGUAAAGGGAAGGCAAUUGCUGUGCCUCUAAGUUUGACUCCUGCACCAAAGAUCCAAGUUGCUUCGGAUAAAAUGAAUGAAGUUGGAGAUACUCGUCCAUCCAAGUCUUGUACAGUGCAUCACAAAAAGAAACAACGCGGGCCACUGUCUGACGAAGAUCAGAAGAAGCAUGCCUUGCCACAGGAAUUUAUUCAGCGGCAGAGAGCUUACUUUGCAGAAAUCGAUGCAUUUGAACUGUCAGAGGAGGAGGUUGGUUCAAGUAACGAGUUAGACUGA